CCCCGGGCUCGGGCAGGCGGAUCGGACCGGGGGCCAUGCGGUUGAUCCGGGGGCCCCGCGGGGCCUGGCGGCUGCUGCCCCGACGCUCGCUGGUGGCCGUGCUCUUCCUCUUCUCGCUCUCCUCCUCCUUCCUCUACUUCGUCUAUGUGGCGCCCGGCAUCGUGAACACCUACCUCUUCAUGAUGCAAGCCCAAGGCAUCAUGAUUCGUGAGAAUAUGAGAACAAUAGGAGCUCAGGUUUAUGAGCAGGUGGUCCGCAGUGCCUAUGCCAAGAGGAACAGCAGCAUGAAUGACUCAGAUUAUCCUCUUGAUUUGAACCACAGUGAAACCUUUCUGCAAACCACAACUUUUCUUCCUGAAGAUUUUACCUACUUUCCAAACCAUACCUGUCCCGAGAGACUCCCUUCUAUGAAGGGCCCAAUUGAUGUAAAUAUGAGUGAAAUCAGAAUGGAGGAUAUCCAUCAAUUAUUCUCUAAAGACCCGGGCAUCAAGCUAGGAGGCCAUUGGAAACCUGAUGACUGCCUGCCUCGCUGGAAGGUGGCAAUCCUGAUACCAUUCCGCAAUCGUUAUGAGCAUCUUCCAGUUCUCUUUAGGCACCUUAUUCCAAUGCUGCAGCGCCAACGUUUACAGUUCGCGUUUUAUGUCAUUGAGCAAGCUGGUAACCAACCAUUUAACCGUGCCAUGCUCUUCAAUAUUGGCUUUCGGGAAGCAAUGAAGGACUUGGACUGGGAUUGUCUGAUCUUUCAUGAUGUGGACCAUAUACCAGAAAAUGACCGUAACUAUUAUGGAUGUGGACAGAUGCCAAGACACUUUGCAGCCAAGCUGGAUAAAUAUAUGUAUCUGCUCCCUUAUAAUGAGUUCUUUGGUGGAGUGAGUGGCUUAACAGUGGAACAGUUUCGGAAAAUCAAUGGCUUUCCUAAUGCGUUCUGGGGCUGGGGCGGAGAGGAUGACGAUCUUUGGAACAGGGUGCAGUAUGCAGGCUACUCAGUGACUCGACCAAGAGGAGUCACAGGGAAAUACAAGUCAAUUCCGCACCAUCAUCGAGGCGAAGUGCAGUUCCUGGGAAGGUAUGCGUUGCUGAGGAAGUCAAAAGAGAGGCAAGUCCUGGACGGUCUCAGUAACUUGAACUACUUUCCAAACAUUACAUAUGACGCCUUGUAUAAAAACAUAACUGUUAACCUGACACCAGAGCUGGCUCUGGUAAACGAAUACUGAGAGGAGAAAAUAAGUUUGCUUUGCCCUUCACCAAGAAAGCAACACAUUAGACAUUCUUUUAUAGAGUUACCAAGGUCAAGAAACACAUUGUCUAAUGAAGGAUCACAGUAUUUCGAAGAAUAAAAUUGAAAGUGCACGCACAAAUCGUCUGGCCCAGUCCAAUUGUUUGUGCAACAAGCUCGGGGACUUCGCUCGCUUUCUGGUUUUAUGAACGAUGGUGUGACCUGCUGCUCUCAUCUCUGCAUUCCGUCUCCUCCAACAAUCUCAAUAUCACAACAGUGAUCUGACGUGCUUUCUUCUCACGGAACCAGUUUGGCUGAAUGACUCUGUUGGCGUCUUGAGUUUGGAUGCCAGAAGCAACCCAGUAGGCAACUGCCCUAAUAGGAGAUCAAAUGAAACUUAAGAUGAUACCAUUCUUCUACAUUUGUGUGGUUUUUUUAAUGACCUGCUUGAAGUAUAUACCACAGAAUCGCUUCUUAAAGAAGUGUAAGUGUAAAUAAGCUGUGUAAAAUGCCUUUUUAUUUUCUUUUACAAUUGAAACUCAAGCUAAAGGUUUACAUAUUAAGGUCACUCAUUUAGGCCCCAAUCCUGCAAAUGCGUACAUAACUUUACUCCUGAGCAAAUCCCUCUACUCAUGUGAGUAGUCCCAGUGAUGUAAAGUUAAGCGUAGGUGUUUACAGGAUAGGGGCCUUAGUUGGUAGGAUGCCGGGGUUCAGAAAUAUGGAGCCACAUCAUUGCAUACUACGGAAAUGGCAGGGGCUUUUUGGGAGAAGGGAGGGAUAAGGGAAACUUCAUGAAAGAACAAAUAUCCAGCUCAUAUCAUUGUGUGGUAGAAAA